CGGCCAACAAUUUUCCCAGCAGCACCUUGUCGCAGACGGGGAAAUCCAUGACGGGAACUUCGUUGAUUCACGAUCACGAAAAAACCAUCUCCAUGUCUUCGCAAGGUGAAAAUAACUUCUCGCCGGCGGCAUCUGUCCUCGCACUGCAAUCUGACGAGCCGCAAGAGUUCGACUUCCUCCGCGAGAGAGCGGAAAGAGGUGCCGGAACCAAGGCGUCUGCUAGUACUUCUGCGCAGGUGCAACUUCUGCAGAAUGUGACACAUGACGUUUCGACGCAGGUAACGCCGAAGGUGGUGCAAAACAUGAUGACGUCGCCGAAAAUGAAGAUCUCGGGACAGAACAAUCCAUUAGAUGAUGCGGCAGGAGGAACAUUAUCUGGCGUCACUUCUCCUACCAGUCAUGAACACCCUGGUACCAUCAACAAGCUCGGUGGCAGUGCAGACCAGCCGCAAACUAAACAUUCAUCGGUGCAGGAUCCCCUGCAAUCUGCAAGUGCCAACGGUCCCACCUUGUUGUCCAGAAGUACGGGAAUAAACGCCCCGCAGGCCGCUACUUCGACGACCAGCAGUGCUGUCACUGGUAUGAUUGGUAGAACCACACUGUUGGAGCUCCAAUCGCCGGAAAAGCAAGGCUUUGUGCCGGCAGAUGCUGCAGAUGGGCCGCAGCUGCAAGCUUCCGUGCCACAAGACCACGUCGAGACUUUGAAGAAGAAAGAAAAGUUUGCACCUGCGACGACCAGCACGCCAGCCGCUGUUCCGCUCAACAGAAACGCUUCCGACUUCACGCCUACAAAAGGCCGCUCAUCCGCACAAAAUAGUUGUGGCACGACAAGCAGCGUCUUGAGUCGUCUUUUGAUUUCUCCGGAGUACGCGAAGUUUCGCACCAGUGACCAGGAGAAGGUGCAGAUUCGCGGCAUGAUGCUGGAGAGCUCCUCCAAGAACGACACGCUUCGUGUUGGUACAACUUCUACUGCAGGUGGAACAACUCGUGAUGGUGAAGCAGGAUCUUCUACGACCAAAAAUCCCGUCAUGCUUUUCCGUCCUGCUCGUCUGACGAGUUCGAGUAUGAAGAAGGACGAUGCCCUCGAGAAUUCUUCAAAUCGUGAUCGUGAUCUCCAUGCCGACUUCGGACUUACCCCGCCUUUUAAAACGACGGGAACAACAUCGACAAGCGCAUUUUUAAAAAAUGGUGUCGACGGCCGGUUGCUGAUGUUUCUUCCCGAGAAAAAACCCGCGCCGCCGGGGAUACCGGAUGUUGAAGCAACGAUCAGUACUACAGUUGCGGAGCACCAGAAUCGCAAUGUGGAGAGUAAAAACCAAGCUCGUGCUGGUCCUGGUCUUGUUCAUCAUCUUGUUCACGACGAUGAAAAAAUAUCCUACGCCCAGAUUCUUGAGAGGCAAAAACGCGAGCAGCUUCAGCGGAAAGCACGCGAAAAAGCGGAAGAACAAGCCGCUUGUUCCUCGCCGGAACGAAAUCCAGCCAGCGCCAAGAAGGGCCAGUUCCUCGAAUACCU